AUGGUCAAAGUAGCUCCGAGUGAGAAUUUGAUAAAUAUAAGUUCAAAUUGUUUGUUGAAAGUAUUAUUUUUCAGACGUCGUGACACCGCAGUCCGAAGUUUCUGCUAAGCCGAAAGCUACUCCCACUGUCAAGCCGAAGGCGUCUGGAAGAGCUGCUUCUAAGGCAGCAAAAGGUGACGACGUUGAGAAAGCGACGGCCGGACAUCUCGAUGACCAAGUCAUCCAGCGUUAUGUGACUUCCGUGAGUACUCCUUGUCUUAUCACAAGUGUCGAGUAUAAAACUACGAAAUUUAUAUAAACUAUCAAAAUCAAAAAUGUCGUCAGUAAUAUAAGCUUUUGUCCUCAAUUCUUGUCAGACAGGGAUAACUAUUGGUCUUCAUACGACAUGUGCGGGUCUCGAACCCGCGAUGCGUGGGCUGAAAACAAGAGCAUACCCGCUGCGCCACAUCUGUCAGACCUUGGCAGCUGCCGCCUGCACAAUACGACCCUGUUCUCAAAGCGGUGAACAAACGAUGUGGAACUUUUAAACUUUCAAAAAAACUUUCUUUUUUAAUCAACCUGAUGAGUCUAGACACUCGACGAAGUUAUUGGGAACAUAAAAUUCAAUUACAAAUUAGCGAAGGAUUGGAACGUGAAGGUUCGUAAAUAAACAAUUCAAGCUUAUUAUUCGAAAAAAAUUAGGUAAUCAAUAAUUUAACGAGAAAGCUCAACGCUAGCAGCGACCCUCGCAAAUUUAUCGGUAUUGAACAUAGAGGAAUGAUAGAAGCUUAAUUUUGAAUUGUUUCCAGUUCAUUCAACAUUGCUGCCAAUUGGAAACGAUACCGGACUGAGCGUGGCCAACAUGUGCUACUGGCAGACUUCUUUCGACAGUUAGUUUCUUUUUUCUUUUCCACUUCUGAAAAGAAAACUCGAGAAGCGUUUCAGGCACGCACUACGUGAAAUGGCAAUCCAACACCACCGCUUGCAUCAUUUUCAUCCACUUAAUAGACAUCGAAUAA